CCUCCCUGUUGGUUGUUUGGCCUGAGGUAUCCCAACAUUGGACCCUACCUGGGCUCUUUGGUGGGGCUAUGGCGGACUCUGGGGGGGCUCACGCCAAGGAGUACUUCCCAGAACUUCUGCUGCCAGUGUCCUUGUCCUCAUGGUGAUCCACAGCCACCCCCUGCCUCUGCAGGAGACCCUCCAACACUAGCAGACGCUGCUCUGCCUACGCGGCCCCUGGGCAUAAAAAGCCGGGCCAGAGAGACAGCGCAGCUGCCGGACCCCGGACCCAGCCCGCCCGCACCAUGGCCGCCCCCAGCCUCGCCUGCUGCCUGCUCGGCCUCCUGGCGCUGACCUCCGCCUGCUAUAUCCAGAACUGCCCCCUGGGCGGCAAGCGGGCCGUGCUGGACCUCGACGUACGCAAGUGUCUCCCCUGCGGCCCCGGGGGCAAAGGCCGCUGCUUCGGGCCCAGCAUCUGCUGCGGGGACGAGCUGGGUUGCCUCGUGGGCACGGCCGAGGCGCUGCGCUGCCAGGAGGAGAACUACCUGCCGUCGCCCUGCCAGUCGGGCCAGAAGCCGUGCGGGAGCGGGGGCCGCUGCGCCGCCGCCGGCAUCUGCUGCAGCCCGGACGGCUGCCGCGGCGACCCCGCCUGCGACCCCGAGGCCGCCUUCUCCCAGCUCUGAGACCCGCCGGCCCCCGACACCGUCGGAGCGCAGCCCUCGCUCCCUCCGUAGCCACCCCCAGGAACUAUGACUAUUAAAUAAAGCAGAUUUUUUCCCC